AUGUCCUUUCCCAGUAGCUCUCCUGCGGCAAACCCUUUUUUAGUGGACUCUUUAAUUGGUGCCUGCAGGACGGACAGCUUCUACUCCAACAGCAACAUGUACAUGCCGUCCGGCUCAGACAUGGGGACCUACGGAAUGCAAACCUGUGGACUCCUGCCGUCUUUCGGCAAAAGAGGGGAGGUCAACCACCAAAAUACGGCCAUGAAUGUCCACUCGUACAUACCUCAAAUAGACAAUUGGACUGAUCCGAGUAGACCCUGCAGAAUAGAGCCGCCCAUUCAGAUGUCAAAUUGUACAUUUUCACAGAGCAUAAAGGAAGAGAGCAACUGCUGCAUGUACUCCGAUAAGAGAGUGCAGAAAGUCAGCUCGCCAGAGGUCCCCGCAUACUCUAACGUUAUCGCUGAGCCUUGCCCUGUCGAUGGUCCCGAGAUCCCGGUACCGGGCUAUUUCAGGCUGAGCCAAACUUAUGCCAACGGGAAGCAUCCGGACAACUACUGCCAUGACCCCGCGAGUCCCAAACCGACUCUCAUGCAGCUCAGCCGGGUCACCCCGAAACCGCAGCCCUCCUCGUCUGAUUUCGUGGAGGAGGAUAAGAAAAUUCAGGAGGUCCCACAGAACCCCGAAACCACCAGAACACCGGCCCUCGCAGAAAGCCCGGAUCCAAAGUCCAGCUCGGUGGAGAAAACCUGCCCGGUGGAAGCCCCCGUGUCCAGCCCCGAGCUGCAGCAGAAGGAAGGGAAAGGUGGGUUUGGCAACAAUGAAAGCUUUUAUCUUGUGGCACUGAGCUGA